AUGGAGAAAUCAAUGUCCAGGUCGACCAACUGGAGGGAUUUCAUUCCUCCGACAGACUGCAAACGAAGCAUCGAGCUCUCUCAUGCUGAUGCUUAUAGAUGGGCGGAUUUGCGCUGCGAAGAUUCAUUCAUAAAGGAAUGGAAAGAGCAUUGGAUGCGGCUACACCAGCAGCCAUACAAGGGAAUUACCAACGAUGGCGUAUUGGUGCGUGAUCUUUUCAAUCUAGCCAACGAAGGGGACGAUCACGGCGCGCCUAUCAAUGACAUGGUCAAGGCUGCCGCCAAAAUCCUGUCGCUGACCGGCUCGACAAAGAGCAGUGUGCUAAAGCUUGGUAUCGAUGCUCAAGAAUGGCGUGCUUGGAUGAACCCAGAGAUCUAUUUAUCGCGACACGGCAUGCGGCUUGAAGAGACUUCCGAGGAGAUUAUCAUUGCUGUACACAGCCUUUUACGCGCCAGUCUGUCCCACGCUGGCUACACAAAAAUUCGAGGGUGCAUGAAUAUCAAUCAUUUCCUUGGCGAGACCGUCAAUGGGACAGGUGUCCUUAACGUUAACUCCUAUAAUUUCACGCUUUUUGGAACGCCUUCUACGUCCGAGCCAUGGGGUUGGCAGAUAUUUGGUCAUCAUCUGAGCAUGAACUGCUUUGUACUCCGAACGCAGAUGGUGAUCUCACCUGUAUUCAUGGGUGCGGAACCUAACUGCAUAGAUAGGGGGCCUAACGCUGGCACUGAGCUCUUCGUGGAUCAGGAGCAGACUGCACUAAAGCUUAUAUCCUCAUUCACGGAAGCUGAGCGCUCCCGUGUCUGUGUUUACCAGGAGCUUCAAGGCAUUGAAUACCCAGGGUGGCGAUAUCACAAGGCAGAUCAGCGUCACCUGGGAGGUGCUUUCCAGGACAAUCGUGUCAUCCCGUAUGAAGGAGAGUUGGUCUCAACGUUUUCAUCAACGCAGCAGGACAUUAUCCGCAAGCUUCUGACACUAAGUCUCGACUAUCUUCCUGAAAGGGUACUGGCUAUUAAGCUUCGCGACAUUGAAAAUCACUGGGAUGCGACAUAUUUUGCUUGGAUUGGCCACUUUACUCGCGACGAAGGGUUCUACUACAAGAUACAUUCACCCGUCGUCCUCAUCGAGUUCGACCACCACUCUGGUGUGUUCCUGAACAACGCACUACCUCUGCCAUUUCAUAUUCACACCACAGUAAGAACUCCGAAUGGGAACGACUACGGCAAAGCGUUGCUAGAGCUGUAUAGGAUUGCGGGCACGACAUCAUCCGGGUCCGAUAUACACGCCUCUCGAUGA